AUGAUCCCUAAAACGUGCACAAUAUUCGCACUGGCUGGGUGCACGAAUUCUGGAAAAUCCACGCUGGCGAAGGAGUUUCAGCGACAUUUCGGAGCUGCCGAAACAACAAUAAUAAACCAAGACGAGUUCUAUAAAACCGAAGACGAGGUUGAUAAAAUCUACCAUCCGGCUGCUGUAACACUAACGGAACGAGGAUAUUAUUGGAGUUUCGACGAGAAAGAAGCGAUUAAUAUUGAUCAGUUCAAAGAGAGAAUUCUUCAAGAAUCGAAACUCUUCAAAAAUGUGAUAAUCGAUGGAAAUAUGAUAACGGAAAUGGACGAAAUCGUGGAGUUGUGUGAUCAGAUUGUGGUGCUAACUUUGGAUUUUAAAACCUGUCGCCGGCGGCGAGAAGCUCGAACGGAUUAUGUACCUCCGGAUACUCCUGGAUACUUUGAAAACGUGGCUUUUCCAGCGUACUUGAGACAUUUGGAAAAUGCUCGGAAGAGAAGUCGAACGGACCCGAAAAUUACAUUCAUCGACGUUUCAGAGCCUAGAUUUGAAAAUAAGAGCGAGUCGAUUCAAGACUUUAGAAGACAAAUUCUCAAUAAUCAUAUCAAAUUAAUGGAUUUAAAGAUAGAAGUUGGACUUGUGGAUCAACUGGUUAACCACCCAUCCUGCGGUGCAAUCUCAACAUUUAACGGUGUUACACGAGACAAUCAUGCUGGAAAAGAGGUCGUUCAUCUCUCCUAUGACUGUCACGAUUUGAUGGCUUACAAAAAGUUACGUGGAAUUUGUGAAGAAGUUCGGAAAGAGCUCCCGGAUAUCAAGAAAAUUGCGAUAUUCCAUCGACUGGGAAAAGUGGAUGUUGGAGAGUCUUCUGUAGUGAUUUCAACGUCUUCUCCUCAUCGGAAGACGUCGAUUCAAGCCACGGGACGAUUAAUUGAUUUGUUGAAAGAUAAAGCGCCGAUUUUCAAAUACGAAGAGUAUUCGAAUGGAGAGACGGAGGGGGUAUGGAAGUCGAAUGUCGAGGAUUGUAAAAAUUAG